UCCAACUCCUUCCCUUGUUAAUUUCAAUUUGAAUUUCAAAUUUCAGAUUUGAUGAUGUAGGGUUUCAGUUAGGGUCUAACAUGAACCAGAAGCGGUUCGAGACGACGAUGGUGAGAAGAACUCCGACGAGGGCUUGGUUAGGGUUCCAAAAUUCAACGGUAUUACUCGUGGGUGGAAAUCACACCUCCUCCAGGUUUUGUACCCGCUAAAUCACUACCGUUUUCCCCAUUUUGGUUGCUCAAUUUAAUUUAACUCUUCGAUCUCUCAUAAGUUUUAAGCGUGGUUGCUUCAAUCCAUUAACGAUUGUCGUAAAAUCGAGUGGAAUUGCAACUUUUUUGCAAUGAGUUUCAAAGCCCUAAAAUCGCAAAUGCAUCGCGGGGCGGUGGCCAGGCGAUUGAUUCUGGGGACUUUCUGUUUUGUGUUGGCUAUGAUUGUGGUUUCCUUCACUCGUAUGGCUUAUGUAAUUCGAACGAAUGAGCCGAUCUUGGUGAAUCUUGAUGAAUGUUCGUUGGAUAUUGGCUUGAUCACGUACCCACACAUGAACACACAUGGGAUUUCACAAGAACAAGCUCAACUUUCUGUUCGGUAUGCGGGUGGUAAGAAUUUGACGCUUAGUGUGGUUAAAGAGCUAAUAAACAAAGACAUGUUGAGCCUUGAUUCAGGAGCAUUGUGUGUAGGAGAGAGUUCGGAUUCGGAUUUGUUGACAUUGAGAGAAUUAGGGUUCUCUGAUGUAUUUAGGGUUCAUAAAAACCCGAUUACAUCUCUGUUACAGAAACAAGUUGAGCAUGAACUGGAGUUCAAAGCCAACUCUUUUGAUUUCGUGUUCUCUAGAACCUUUGGUAGGGUUCCUGUUCCAGCUCUUCUCGUGUUAGAGAUUGAGCGCGUUUUACGACCAGGUGGCAUUGGGGCUAUGCUUGUAGGUUUCUCUAACUUCCAUAUGGGUAGCUUAGUAAGGUCUGCCACCCCAGUUUCAUUGCUUUUAAGAAGCUCCGAUAUUCUCCAUGUUUGUGGGAUUGGAUCUUUUGCGCUAAUCGUGUUCAAGAAAAGAUUGAGUAAUGUUGCCCAUUUUGAGGAUUAUAGGCUUCCUAGUGAAUGUCCAUCAGUUUCAAGAAACAAGCCUUUCAUGCAACAUAUCGAGCCACUUAUGGAUCAAAAAUUGGGACAAUUUGAGAAAGAGGCUUCUUUCUUGCCCAAAUUCGUGAACGUUUCAUCAAGAAACAGGUUGAUUUACAUCAACAUGGGUACGGCCGAAUUGGAACCUAGCUAUCCUAUCCAUCCACAAGCAUUCAAUGUGUUUGUGGUUGAUCACAAUAUGUCUGCCCUUUCUUCUUACGUCAAAAAGCCGGGUGUGACCUUUGUUUACCACCCGGGUCUUGUUGAAGAUGAAAUCUUGGCUCCUGGUCUUAACCACGGUGAUUAUUUGGAGGCUCCGUUGCAUGAAGAAGGGUUCGAAUUCAUCAAGUGGUUUAAAGAAACAGCAAAAGAUGGAGAUUUUGUGGUGCUUAUGAUGAAUGCAGGUGUGACACAGUUGAAAGUCAUGUUUGAGUUAUUUGAAAGUGGAGCAAUUUGUCAUGUUGAUGAAGUGUUCAUCCGCUGUUCUGAGGGUGUCGAUUGCAGAAAUAGGCGCUGCAAUGACUGCCUGAGCCUUUUCAAUGGUCUUAGAAAUGCGGGUGUUUUUGUCCAUCGAUGGUCGGGGGUCUGAAAACGUUCACUUUAUCGUUGAAUCUGUUUUUAUUGUGAACAAAUUGGAGGUCAAUAAGCCAUAGAGGUGGCAUCUGGAGACCUCUGUUGGUGAGUGUUCAUUGUGUUCAUCAUGUAUUAGUUCUAGUGAUCUAAUGGUAGGGGCUGCUAUUUUCUGGUCAACUUAUUGUUAGGAGUAAAUUAUGAUUUUUGUCCCUGUCGUUUGUUAAUAAUUUCAAUUUUGCCCCUGUGGUUUAGAAAUCAGGAUUUUCGUCCCCAUGGUUUACAA